AUGAACAAACAUCUCAACAUUGAAUGGAAUAUUAUUAUUAAACAGAACUCUUUGAACAAUUUGGAAAUGGAGGAUUUUCUAAGGAAAACAGAAAAAUCAAUACUACUAAAAACGACUAGAGAAAAUAUGGAAAAUGAAACAGAAAUACACAAUAUUUUCAGUCAUAAUGUUAUGACUGUAAUUUUUCAGGAAGAAAAGCAUUUGGAAUUUAUAAUUAAAUCGUUGGUAAAAAUAUUAAAAUUAAUACAUUUUACUACUGUAUUAUGGAUUAUUGAUACUGAUAAAGAGCAACUGGAAUAUCUACAACAAAUAUCUCAACUAUGUUGGUAUCAUGGAUUUGUACGAGUUUUAUUUCUUCACAAUGAACAUAUUUAUACUUAUAAUCCAUUGCCGCUUUUAAAGGUUUUGAAAUUGUCUUCUAUACAGGAGUUUUAUGAUAAUAAGGAUAUUGUAAAUUAUCAUCAACAUCCCUUUAGAUUUCCAAUAACUUCAAGUCCACCACGCUGCUAUCGUUAUAGAGAUUCUCAUGGAAAUUUUAUCUAUGCCGGCUAUUUUUAUAAAAUUUUAAUCAAUUUCAUACAACAAUAUAAUUUCAAAUUCAUUGAAUAUCCGAAUGACUACCAUACCGAUCAUAUGGAAGAUCUUCUUAUAGAUUUGGGAUCUGGUAAAAUGGAUGCUAUUCCCUUUAUGGCCUAUCGAAAUCCGAAUUUUACCGCUUCUGAUGUACUAAGGAAUGUCCAUGCUAUCAUAGUUGUGCCUAAUGCUAAACCAAUUCCAAAAUAUCAAUAUUUUGAAAAGCCAUUUAAAAAUGAAAUAUGGAUUAUAUAUUUACUAUUAGUAUUGCUAAGCUCCACAGUUCUUGUUUUUAUUGUGUAUUUUAAAGGCAUCAAAGUGGAUUUUUCAAAAUCAUUACUCUACGUCUUAAGUUUGGCUAUAUAUCAACAUCAUCUAAAUAUCUUCAAAAAUUCCAAUCUCAUCAGCAAUUCGGUAUAUAUUUGCCUGUUUCUUUAUGGCUUUAUUAUGGUGCAAAUGUAUCUAUGUAAACUAUCCAGCAUGUUAGUAUUGACCAUCUAUGAGCCUCAAAUUAAAACCAUAAUGGAUAUAAACUCCACUGAUUUGAAAAUGUUUAUGUGGACCAAUGAUUUAAUGCAUUUCAGUUCUGUGUCCGCUAUGUCACCUAUAAUCUUCCAACGUAUUAUACCUACAAACGCCAUUGAUGUGGAUACUAAACGUCGUGGCCUGAACAUUUCUUUCUUUCAUAUGGGCUUUGAGGACAAAAUCCAUUUCUUUAUGCUGCAACAGAAGUUUCUUAAAGUUCCAUUGGUGCAGCAGAUAGAUGGAGUUGUUAUUACAGAACAAAUUUGUUUCACAAUGCGUCAUAAUCUACCCUUUAUUCAAUUAUUUAAUCGUUAUCUGAAAUAUAUGGACGAUUCUGGUUUACUGCGAAAGAUUUUGAAUGACAUCGAAUGGGAUGGCGUACAGAGUGGAGAAAUUAGUUAUUUUAAGGAUACCGCAAAUGAUAAUGAUCAUCUUUUAACAUUGGAAUACUUCUAUGCACCUUUGGUUUUAUAUUUCGGUGGUGUGAUUUUGUCAGUUAUUGUAUUUUUAAUGGAAAUUGUAUAUUAUAAGUUUAAAUUGAGAUUAUUUAAAAUUAAUAAAUCAAAUUUGGCAUAA